GAGAGAGAAAGCACAGUAACAGUAGUAUUCCAUUCCCUCACUCAUAGUCAUUGGAUUGGUUUUUGCAUUUGCAUAAUUGCAUAAUUGCAUUGCAUUUCUUUCCUUGUGAGAGAGUGAGUGUGUGAGUUUGUGUGCAGUACUUUCAGUUUCAGAUGCGUGUUGGGAGCAAAACCCAAACCCAUACCCUCCAAUUUUGAAUCUGUUCACGUAUCUCUGUUACUCUCUGCCAUGCUUGUAGCAGCAGCUAGCUCCAGAAUAAGGUCAUCAUAAUAAUUAUAUCUUCUUGUUUCACAGUCACCAUCACCGUCCCCAUCACUUCCACUAUUCUUCCCUGCAUCAUCCAUCACUUCUUUCUCCCUUCUUCAAUAAAGUGUCUCUUCAACUAGUAAAGUUUCUGUUUCUUUUUUCUUUUGUUGUUGCUUUUUGGUUCCUAACUAUGGCUGAGGGUUUUGAGCACUAUCAUGUCCCACAACAAAGUAGAAGAGAUAAGCUUAGAGUUCUUGAACCUUCACCUAUCCUUCACCCUUUACCUUCUUCUCUCUACGACCCUUCACUUAUUUCCUCUGAUUUGUUAGCUUGUGUCAACAACAACCAACAAGGUCAUCAUGAUGUGUUUCAUGGUGGUAAAGCAACAAACCAAGGUGGUGGCGGUUCUGUGAAAGAAGAACGUUCCAAUUUGAUGAUGGGGUUUGUGAAUAGUGGCGCCGGUGGUUCUUCCUCUUCUUCUUCUCCUCCUGCUUCUGUUUCCCACCACGGUUACUUGGAUCCUUUUCUUUACCCUCCUCAGAACCUCCAGAGCUUUCGAGAAUUUGAUUACAAUGAUGGAAGUGGAAUAAUGGUGUUCAAGCCUGAGCCUUUGUCUCUGUCUUUGUCAUCCCACAACAAAAACACUCAUCACCACGCGCUGGAGCUGAAUCUUGAUCAGCGAUAUGGGGCUAUUUAUGGAGACAAGGUUGGUGGUGGUGGCGGUGGUGGUGUGGUUCCGGUGGUUGUUGGAGGAGGAAGUGGUGGUUGUGCCUCGAAUGAAGUUUCGAGGAACUCUACGGUUGUUCCUGUGAGACCAUUUACGGGGUAUUCAUCGGUGUUGAAGGGAUCGAGGUUCUUGAGGCCUGCACAGCAAUUAUUGGAAGAUCUGUGUGAUAUUGGGGUUCGUGGAGUUUACAGUGAGAAAAUUACUGCGGAUGCGUCGUUGAUGGAAACUCCUGCGGAGAGUUUGAGUGCUAGUGGGAUUGUUGUGGAUGAUUCACUUGGGGAUGUGAAUGAAGGUAGGAAGAACAAGUCCAGGUUAUUAACCAUGCUUGAUGAGGUAUAUAGGAGGUACAAGCUGUACUAUCAACAGAUGCAUGCAGUUGUGACUUCAUUUGAGUAUGUUGCCGGCCUCGGUAAUGCAGCCCCCUAUGCUAGUUUGGCCGUAAAUGCCAUGUCUAAACAUUUUAGAUGCUUGAAGAAUGCGAUCACUGACCGGCUUCAGUUUAUCAACAAGACUCAUUUUCAGAUGAGCAAUAGGAAGGAUGAAUCUCCAAGGUUUCGUGGCAGUGAUAGAGGAGGCCCUUACGGCCAAAGGUCGACAGGGUUUCUAGAGCAUCAACAACCUGUUUGGCGACCUCAAAGAGGUCUCCCUGAGCGUGCCGUGAGUGUCCUGAGGGCAUGGUUGUUUGAACAUUUUCUGCACCCUUAUCCUACUGAUACGGACAAACUAAUGUUGUCUAAACAAACUGGUCUAUCUCGUAGCCAGGUGUCUAAUUGGUUUAUUAAUGCAAGAGUAAGGCUUUGGAAACCAAUGGUGGAAGAAAUACACAUGCUUGAAUCACAACAAUCUCAAAAGACAUCACAGAGGGAAGAACAUAGUAGGAACAAUCUGAGUGAUCAUCUUUUACCUUCAGAUAACAUCACCGAGAAUCCAUCUACCUCAACACAUAAAUUUCGAACUAGAGAUGAACUUCCUAACAUGCUGGUGAGGAGUCAGGAACAACUGAACCAGCAAACUAACACAAGCAACAUUCAGCAAGUGGGUAUUGGAGGGAGCAUGGGGAGUACUGGUGCAGGCAACAAUGGUGUGUCUCUGACGCUUGGUCUUCAUCAAAAUCACGGGAUUGGGUUAUCUGAGCCCUUUAGAAUGAGUCAGCGUUUCGGUCUUGCCCUUCAACCGGAGGCAGUGUAUGUUACAAGUGGUUUUGAAUCACACAAUCGACAUUUCGGAAGAGAUGUUAUUGGAGGGCAACUGUUGCAUGACUUUGUGGGCUGAUAUAUCUAGCUAGAUGUUAUGGGGUAAUAUACUAACCAUGUUCCUAUUGUUGCUUUCAUCAACUAUGACAAAUUAGGAAGAGGAGGAUGAUUGGAAUGUUAGCAUUCUCUUAUGCUUAUUGAUUUUACCUUCAAGUUUGGUAUUAAGUGAUAUUUCUUGUGAGCCCACAAGUAUAAGACUGUAAGUUUUGGUGAAUUCAUUUCAAGGGAAAAAACAAUAUAAUGUCAUAGGCUGAUCCAAUUUCACCAUUUUAUUUGGCUAUGAACUUUUGUAUUGUAAACCAAGUCAGGUAAACGGAUUUCAGUAUGUAUUAAUGUAUGUGAUAGUUGUAUCUUGUAGAGUUGUAGAACAUCCCUGUGCAAGGACUUGUCUUAUUAUCCAAUAGCUAGUCUUGCAAUAAUUUACUGUACAUAAUUUUUUUAAUAUAUAUGUAGCUUAAGUAUGCCGGAGCAACCAGCAGGUAU